AACAAUCGGACGGAGCUUUCAGAAUGACAGUACGCAGAAGUGAGCAGAGCUUGUUCGUUGCACGGGCUUAUUCUACCUUCAAUGCUACAAAGCAGCUUCCUAGCCGGAUCGGGUACUAAGUAAGGGAACUGCUGUGCUAUGGAAUACAGAUGUGUGAAUUCAGAUAGCUAAAUGGUGCUCGGAAGAAUCUAAAAUGCUUGCUUAUAAAGAGAAAUUUUAAGAGCCAGGUUCCUAACUAUAAAGAUGCAAAAACGUAACAUCCAUGAAGAUCCUAUUACCUAGGAAGAAUUUGACAUUUUGCUGCGAAUGCUGUGUUGGGAUUGAUUUAUUCUUGGAGUGUUCUGCAUGGCUGGCAAAGAAUAAUGUUCCAAAAUCGGUCCAUCUCCCAAGGGGUCCAAUUUUUCUUCCUGGGUGUCAGCGAGCCCUGACUCACUACAGUGCAGCUGACAGGGGCUGCCAUGCUUGUGGCACACUAAGCAAAAAACAAAAGACCUAAGGACGACCUUUGAACAACACAAAGGAUGGGUUUCAAUGUAAUUAGGCUACUGAGCGGAUCAGCUGUAGCUCUGGUAAUAGCCCCUACUGUAUUACUGACAAUGCUUUCUUCUGCUGAACGAGGAUGCCCUAAGGGCUGUAGGUGUGAAGGCAAAAUGGUAUAUUGUGAAUCUCAGAAAUUGCAGGAGAUUCCCUCGAGUAUAUCUGCUGGUUGUUUAGGUUUGUCCCUUCGAUAUAACAGCCUCCAAAAACUAAAAUACAAUCAAUUUAAAGGUCUUAAUCAACUCACCUGGCUCUAUUUAGACCAUAACCACAUCAGCAAUAUUGACGAAAAUGCUUUCAAUGGAAUACGCAGACUAAAAGAGUUGAUCUUGAGUUCCAACAGAAUCUCCUAUUUUCUUAAUAAUACCUUCAGACCUGUGACAAAUCUCCGGAAUUUGGAUCUGUCAUACAAUCAGCUGCAGUCUCUGGGAUCUGAACAGUUCAGGGGCUUAAGGAAGCUGCUGAGUUUACAUUUGCGGUCCAAUUCCCUAAGAACCAUCCCUGUUCGAAUAUUCCAAGACUGUAGAAACCUUGAACUGUUGGACCUGGGUUAUAAUCGCAUCCGAAGUUUAGCAAGAAAUGUCUUUGCAGGCAUGAUCAGACUGAAAGAGCUUCAUCUGGAGCACAAUCAAUUUUCUAAGCUCAACCUGGCACUUUUUCCAAGGCUAGUCAGCCUUCAGAACCUUUAUUUACAGUGGAAUAAAAUCAGUGUGAUAGGACAAACUAUGUCCUGGACCUGGAGCUCAUUACAAAGGCUUGAUUUAUCUGGCAAUGAAAUAGAAGCUUUCAGUGGACCUAGUGUUUUCCAGUGUGUGCCCAAUUUACAGCGCCUCAACCUGGAUUCAAACAAGCUCACAUUUAUUGGUCAAGAAAUUUUGGACUCUUGGAUAUCCCUCAAUGACAUCAGCCUUGCUGGGAAUAUAUGGGAAUGCAGCAGAAACAUUUGCUCUCUGGUAAACUGGCUUAAAAGUUUUAGAGGGCUGAGGGAAAACACAAUCAUUUGUGCCAGCCCAAAAGAGCUGCAGGGGGUGAAUGUUGUCGAUGCAGUGAAAAACUACAGCAUCUGUGGCAAAAGUACCACAGAAAGGUUUGAAUUAGCACGAGCUCCCCCAAAGCCAACGUUUAAACCAAAACUCACCAGGCCUAAACAUGACAGCAAGCCCCCUCUGCCAACUAUCGGAGCCACUGAAUCGAGCUCUGAACCCGAGCACGACACAGAACACAUCUCCUUCCAUAAAAUCAUAGCAGGGAGCGUGGCCCUUUUCUUGUCUGUGCUUGUGAUCCUGCUGGUAAUCUACGUGUCAUGGAAGCGUUACCCAGCCAGUAUGAAGCAGCUGCAGCAGCGCUCUCUCAUGCGAAGGCACAGGAAAAAGAAAAGACAGUCACUGAAGCAAAUGACUCCAAGCACACAGGAAUUUUACGUAGAUUACAAACCUACCAACACUGAGACCAGUGAGAUGCUGCUGAACGGAGCAGGACCCUGCACGUAUAACAAAUCAGGCUCCAGGGAAUGCGAGAUACCACUGGCCAUGAAUGUGUCAACAUUUCUUGCCUAUGAUCAGCCCACGAUAAGUUACUGUGGAGUACAUCAUGAACUGCUUGCUCACAAGGCCUACAACUCAAACACCCAAGAAGAAGCAGUGGAAACACACCUAGAAACUGAUCUGGAUCUGAGCACAAUAACAACAGCGGCACGAAUCAAGGAACACAGUCAGCAGUUGGCUUAACUGAUGGGGGGUUGUUGGCAGUGGUGAUUUUUAUUUUUCCCUGUAGCAGAGGCUGCAACCAAAUUCUAUGUAACAUUAUCGACAGAAGUGAGAAGACAUAAUAAUAUGGAUUCUAGUAUCCCUGUUUAAUUUUUAAAAGAUCCACAAAGAUUAAUUGUUUCAAGUCUACAAUUUGUAAUUAGUUAAGUUGUGCAGUAUUUUUUGACUUCAAAGUAUGAUCCUCGAAAUGAAUCUUUUUUCAAGACUCAUCCUACUUGCCUGUAUAAACUGUACAGAUGUAAUGUAUUUUUCAUAUUGUAAAGUUUCAAUUACCAAGAACAGCUGGUAUGUACAGUACCAUAAUUUAAUUACAUCUUACAAGUUUCAGUUUCUAAAGUUUUAAAUUAACAAAAGUUAUUUCUUGUGUUAUUCAGUUGCACUGUUUUCUAGGGAUCAUUUUAUUACUGCUUUUGUGCCCAGAAACCUGUAGCCUAAAAUUCUGUCCUUUGCAGAAUAUGCACCAUUUUUACCAUCUCUGAAGUGUAGAAUUUUAUCUACUUGUACCAGGAGUAAUGUAUUAACCAGAAGGAUAGUUUAAUUAUUCAGACUUCAAAGAAAUUCUUGAAAUACAUAGCCAAUUUUGCUUAUUAAUGAAAACCAACAAAAAUUUCACAGUUCUCCUCAGACUUCGCUGACAUACAUACAGACAGAUUUUUAAAAUCAGAAUAAUGUAACUAUGAGCAGUAUUUUAAGAACAGAGUUCAUAUAUGGAACUGUUAAUCAUCCCUGAUGAAGUUUUGUUAAGUCUCACUCUUCUGCAAGACAAAAUGAAAAGUAGGCUUCAACAGGCAGCUGUCUUUACAGAACCUGUUCUGAAAGCACAGCCCGCCAAAUCAGGCAUUGGUAUUUAAGCGUAAAGACACAAGGGCCAAAACCUGCUUCUAUCCAAGAUAGUUGGUGACAGAUGCAGUAACAGAAACAAGCCCUCAGAGUCGGAAUUAUACCAGUUCUGGAAUAUAAAAUAUUACUCAAAAUCAAGAAGCCUCUACUUAGAAGAAAAAUAUAUUUAUUUGGGCCCAAUGAUGAAGGUUAGCAGUUUUUUGAUACACUGCAUCAGGAGAAGAAAAAAAAUCUUGGAAUACAACGAAUAUAAUAUUAAGUCUUAACAAUUACUACACUGAUUAUUGGUUUAGCAUUUAAUAUUGAAGUAUUCUUAUAUCCCAUUGUUUUGUUUUGAAUCUUCAAGGUUUCUCAAUACUGUAUGAGAAUAACUUUUAUAACACAACCCUCAAGAUGUAAUCAUAAAAGAUUACAGAAAUUAGAUUCAUAUUAUAUCAUGCUGACUGGGUGAAAUAUAAAAGGGAACAGGAGCCUUCCAAAAUACAAGAUAAAAAUGUUUCAUACGGUGAAGCAACUUUUUUAUAAUAAAGAGAAAUUAUAUAACCGCAA